AUGGCGACUGUUACGCAGACUGAUGCGAGGUCAGAGACCUUUGAGCUUCGCCGCUCACCCAGCCCGACGCGGGAUGUACUCCAAGACAAUGAACCCCCGCGUUCAUCGAAACCGAGCACCAGCCAACUCCUCAAGAUCUUCAGCGCUGGAUUCAGUUUCUUCGUCGCUGGCGUUAACGACGGAAGUAUCGGUGCCUUAGUCCCCCAUAUAAUCCGAGAUUACAACGUCACUACCGCAAUCGUCUCAUCAGUUUACGGCGCCAACUUUAUGGGCUGGUUCUUCGGCGCCUUCUCCAACACACAUCUCUGCCAAUUCUUCGAUCUCGGCUCAAUGCUCACGCUCGGCGCUGUUCUACAAGUCAUCGCCCACGCGCUCCGGUCAUGGAAACCCCCCUUUCCGCUGUUCACUAUCACGUUCUGGCUUGCGAGUCUAGGGCAGGCGUAUCAGGAUACACAUGGGAAUACGUAUGUUUCUGGAGUGAGGGGGUCUCAUCGCUGGUUGGCAUUUAUUCAUGCGAUGUACAUGGCUGGAUGUCUUGUUGGACCUUUUGUGGCGACGGGUGUUGCUUCUGCGGGGAGUGUGUCGAGAUGGUACCUUUUCUACACGUUCCCGCUCGGCAUUGGUGUUCUGAACGUCGCGUUCGUGGUCUAUGCAUUUUGGGAUACUCUGAGGUUGAAGAGGAAGCAAGCGCCGACUGAACGUACUCUGGAAGCUGAUGAAUCUCCCGCGUCAAGAAACGACGAUGCAUUCUCAUUGAUGAAGGAGACGUUGAAGAACAAAAACGUCUGGCUUAUUAGUCUCUUCUUCUUCUUCUUCCUCGGCGCAACACUUACAGCUAGUGGAUGGGUCGUCGAAUACUUGGUCGAGGUUCGCAACGGGGACAUCAAUCAGAUGGGUUUUGUACCGGCUGGCUUCAGUGGAGGAUCUCUACUUGGGAGACUGUUUCUUGCGGAACCUACACAUCGGGUUCCCAACAUCAUCGCCGCUUCCAUCGCCAUCAGUCUACUCGGCUUCUUCAUGGGCCCAUACUUCGCCACCGGUAUUUCCGUCGGCUCCAAACUGUUCAAUCCUCGUGUCCAAUCAACAGCUUUGGCAUUCGUCUUUGUAUUCGCGCAGCUUGGAGGCUGUCUGUUCCCCAUAAUCACUGGUCUCAUCGCCGCCAGCGCCGGAGUCUCAAUUCUUCAGCCUGUUCUUUGUGCACUCUUGGUCGCUACGAGCGUCUCUUGGCUGUUUGUUCCGAUGCCCAAGGAGGGUGACAAUCCGACGCUGCACCAGGAGUAA